AUGAUGUUCUUCAACCUCGCCGGAACCAAGCGCAAGGUCGAGGCGGACACUGCCAGCGCUCAGCAGCAGAAGCGCCAGCGCCUCCAAACCGAGGAGAUGACCCGUCGCACAUACUUGCAGCAGAAUGACCACCUCAACUCCAGCCUCCAAAGCCCCCUGCUAUCACACCUCCAUAACCAGCGGAUGCAGUCCGUUCAUCAGCUGCAAUCCCUCCCCGACUCCAUCUUCGCCCGCAUCUUCAUUUUCACCGACCUAAUCCAAGACGAGCCGAUCGACCUACCCAUGUCCCGCGCCUUCAUUCGCAAGAACAACAUCGCCCUUCUCUCCGUCAACCAUCGCCUGCACAAGCUGGCUCUUGGCAUGUUCUGGUCGGUCAACUCCUUCGUCAUUCGCAUCGAGAAGUUCAAUGCGGCUGCAAUCCUGCCAUGGUGGACGCACGUCAGCGCCGUGCGCAAGGAAGUCGAGGAGAACUCGAUCGUGAUGGCGGACCACAAGACAAACAACUUCCUCGAUGCGGACUUCUACCCAUUGGAAGACGUCCUCUACGAGCAAGACCUCGAGCGUCAGGAGGUUGAGAAGAAGAGCAUGUUGAUGGCGGACCCGAGGAUGAAGGACCUCGACGACACUCGCUUCAGCUCCAUGAAGGAUGAGCUCAGCUACGAAGCUCUGGCCUUCUAUCACUUCCACCUCCGCCGUACCAAGCCUUGGUCGACCACCGUUCUGCCCCUCGGCGCCAUCACCCUCGAUGUCCCCUACGACCCCCAUUGGUCUAACCUCAACACCUGGCUGCGCCUCUUCCACGAGGGCAAAGUCCCAGCUCUCACCAGCAGCGACAUCGGACACGGGGCGAGCGAGUGGAAGAACCUGCAUCAGAUUGUCGGCCUCUUCUUGAGCGUGCAGCGCGAUAAAGGGGGCAAGUGGGAAGAUGUGGAGAAGAGCUUGGAGGGUUGGCAGUACACGCUGAAGUUUGCGGAUUCUCGGUGGCAGUUUGAGAAUGGGCCGGCACAAGAGGUACUUGUGCUUCAAGACGAUGAUGACGAGGAGCAGCUUGAGAAGGAGAAGAACCCCCAAGAGAUGGGAGGUGACGAGGAGGAGGAGCGCGACUUGCUUGAUCAGCUGUCGAAGGACGUUGAGAUGGCGAUAGCUCCUGCUGACACACCUGGCUGCAAGUCGACUCAGUCUUUUGGGUCUUCGCCUCCGCCAUCCAGCCGGCCCUAUCACACGCCAGGACCUCAGAGUCACAAGAGAGUGGUGUACCUGCCAGAUUCUGACGAUGAGGAGGAGGACCUGGCAGACGGCGAGAAGGGAGACGAUCGCAUGUCAAGCCCAGAGUUGUGA